UUUUGAAAUAUAAAAACUAGAGGGGCUUAAAACCAAUUAAACCAAAGUUUGCUUCAGAUGACAUACGCUUGAAUAGCCUUUCUUCUGAACAGCAGCUAGGAGUCGCCGGCAAUGGCAGGCAUCGGUGGUGGAGGAACCGGUUCUUCAAAUUCGAACUCUUCAUCAGCUGUUUCCUCUCAUCAAGCUCCCAAAAUCCUCUUAGCUAAGCCCGCCCUCGUCACCGCCGCCAAGUACAACCGCGGACCUGGUGGCGGUGGAGGCGGCGGUGGCCCCGAUGACGGUUCCUCGUCACUUCGAACUCGUAUUCCCUCCGUCGGAUUUCUCAAUCUGUUAUCUGAUUCCUGGGAUUUCCACACCGAUCGCUUUCUUCCCUUUUUGACGGAUAAUACUGAUUUUACGGUGAUCGGAGUGAUUGGUCCGGCUGGGGUUGGCAAGUCUACUAUCAUGAACGAGAUUUAUGGCUUUGAUGGAACUUCCCCUGGGAUGCUGCCUCCAUUUCCGAUAGAAGCGGUGGAAACCAAGGUGAUGGCGAAGCAUUGUACGGUUGGAAUUGAGCCAAGAAUUACUUCCGAAAGGAUCAUACUUCUUGAUACGCAGCCUGUAUACAGUCCAUCCGUUUUAGCUGAGAUGAUUAGACCUGAUGGUUCAUCCACAAUAUCAGUUUUGGGUGGUGAGUCGUUACCUGCUGAGUUGGCUCAUGAACUGAUGAGUAUACAGCUUGGUGUUCUCUUGACCUCCAUUUGUCACAUUAUUCUGGUGGUAUCCGAAGGAGUUCAUGAUAACAACAUGUGGCAUUUGAUGGCAACAGUGGACUUGUUAAAACAUAGCAUACCCGAUCCAUCCUCCUUGUCCCUUUCACAUCCACAAAGCUCUAAUUUAGGUUCUGAUAAAGAGAUCAAAGAUAAAAUUCAGGAGGUUGCAGAAGAAUACAUGGCUUCUCCUGUUUUUGUACACACAAAGCUUCAUGAACAAGAUAUUGCUCCCCAUUAUUUUCUACAACUAAAGAAAGCACUUGGUGAGUAUUUUAGCUCUACUUCAUUCAGCAAACAGAAACAUCUGAAUGGGACUAAAGAGAAUAUUGUGCCUCCCAAAAGGAGUCUGGAUGAUGAUUCUGAUCCUACAUCACUGAAGUUAUUUUUCAUCCCAUCUAAAAGUGACACGGACUCUCCGGGGACCCAGUAUGAGAGCUACCAUUCUUUCUUGUGGAAGCUACGCGAUCAGGUUUUAUCGAUGAGUGGUCCAUCAUUUUCGAGAACUGUGUCUGAGAGAGACUGGCUGAAAAACUCCAGCAAGAUAUGGGAACUGGUGAAGAAUUCAUCGACCAUUUCCGAUUACUGCAGGACGCUACAGAACUCGGGCUUAUUCAGGAGAUAGAUAUAAUCUGGUUCUUAACUGUAACAGACCACAGAGAGCAAUGAUGCAAUACUAGUUUAGUUCUUGUUUUAGCAAAGUCAUUCAAGGGAAUUGGUUUAUUGUGGUUGUUACUUACCAUUGAAGUUUGAAUGUUUUUGAAGAUCUAUGAAUCAAAAUAUUAUUAGAGGGUGUUUGGUUCGAGGAAUGGUAGU